CUCCAUUGACUGUUCGGAACACCCCGCACAUGUGCAAAGUCAAAGGAGUUCAAAAAUACACUGUUCUCGGACUGUUCUCUCUGUCCACGUGCGAGAGGUAGUGCAGUCAGAAUUCAACAUGGCGACUAAUGCGCAAAACAGAGCCACGCUCUUUGAAUGUGAUACAUGUCACCGCCUUUUCCGAGACAUGGAGGAGUUUGCAAACCAUGCAUGUGAUGAUCCCGGUAGUGGUGGAUAUGAUGUUCAGACGCUUCAGCUGGAGGAUGAAAGCCUAGAUCUGGAAGGAGAAGAUGGGAGGCCCAUUGAGAUUGCCCCAGACUCGUCAGUUCUUUGGACUAGACCUGCAACACUUCUAUUAAUCAGCCAAUAUAGGGAGAAUGAGGAGUUGGUUACAAGUGGGAAGUUAAGAAAGAAAGCCUUAUGGAACAAAAUUGCCAAAGUACUAAGAGAAAAGGGAAACUGUAACUUUAGUGCAGUGCAGGUGGAAGGGAGGUGGAAGACUUUGAUGAGAGGUUUGAAGAAUGUUAAAGAUCACAACAAAAAAAGUGGGGCAGAAAGAAGAAAUCACCCUUAUGAGGAAGAAUUAGAGUUCAUGGCAGCCAAGCCUAAUGUUCAACCAGAAUGUGUUGUUGGAACAGAGAACAAGUCGAGCCCAGAAACCAAAUCAAGCAAAGAAGAAAGUGACUCAGACGAGUGCAAGAUAUGCAUGGAGGAUGGGAAAAUUGCAGAAACUGUAUUUGUUCCAUGUGGACAUCUGAUAGCAUGUAUGAAAUGUGCGUCAAAUCUUGCUGGUAAUAAAUGUCCUAUGUGUAGGAAGCAAAUCAGCAAAGCCAUAAAAGUUUUCAAAUGUUGAACAUUAUUGUUACCUUCUACUUCAGCAAACUAUUAUUGAAAGGGAAAUAUCUGGUAGAUUACCCCUUAGAUGUAAGGAUGUCUUUGUUUUUUUUAUGAACAAGCAAAGUACAACACAUGAUUGUAUUUGUUUCUUUUUUACUUUUAUACUUAUCACAGAUAGUGCCAAUUUCUGUUUUAUUUCAUUGUUAUUAUAAAAAAUAUGAGAUUUUGUUUUAUUUUUUAUUGUUAUUUUUAUUUGAGGUUAAAUAUACAUACUUGUGUUCAAUAAAACAGUUUCAACCAAUGAUUAUAUCUUUUUGAAUUGUGUAAUGACAAAUUAAGACAAGACCUGAACCAUAUGUAGUUACAUAUUGAUACAUGUAUUCCAAAUCUUAAGUCAUGUCAUGUAAAAUACAUCACUU